AUGGAUGCAGAUGCUGAGGAGUUUAUGGAUGAUGAGCAGUGGAUUAGCCACAUUGCUGACUUACAGGCCGCCCAUUCAUUACAUGUCGCAGGGAUGGUGUAUGGUCGAAGUAUCCAUGAACAAGCUGGCAGCACCAACCACCAGCGCGAGAUGUUCCGGUUAUUCAGCACUAACUGGCAUCAGUUUUUGGGGUUUGCAUCCGCAGCCACCGCACCAUUAAUAUUAGGCAAGCGCAAACAAGCGCCAUGGGAGGAUGAAGCUGAGGUCAGUCGCAUCGAGCGCCGCCACCAGCUGGCCACCAUGGAUAUGGAAGCAGCUGCGCAGCGAAUGACCGGGCAGCCCACCAUGUGGUUCUGGGGGGUGCAGGACCCGGCCAUUCAGGCCAUCCAGUGA